AUGUGGAGACCCACGGCGGGCCUUAGUAUCGCACCACCACCUCGAGCAGCCUGCUCGGGGCGAUCCACUAUUCAACAGCCACGACAGAUGUCGAACCAAAACAUGCAGUUUAAAUUAUACAUAGUGACGUUAGUGCUCCACUGUACCACCGGAGAAUAUUUUAAAACGAAACCAAGUUUCGUGAAGACAUGUUUGAAAAGCGAUCCAGAGUUCGAUGUCUGUUCGCGGCAAGCCGUUCAACAGUUAUUCAAUGCACUAGGUCCAGGUCUGCCAGAAAUUGGAUUGGAACCUUUAGAUCCUCUAAAAAUACCAAAAAUAAGAAUCCUACAAGGUGAGGGCCCUGUGAAUGUGAAUGCUGCGCUUGAUGACGUCACCGUUACAGGAUUUGGAAAGACAGAAGUACUGUCGAGCCAAGUCGACAGUAAAACUUAUGAUUUCCACACUAAAGUACGAGUUCCCAAAAUCAGAAUAGAGGGAACGUACGAUUUGAAAGGAAAAAUAUUGUUGAUUCCUUUGGUCGGCCGCGGCUUAUGUUGGUUUGAGCCAACAAACAUGACAAUUGAUAUUAUCAGUGAUUCAAAAUUAUACAAUAAAGAUGAUUUUGUAUUUUUCAACGUCACCGGAGCACAUGUAAAAUACAACAUCGGAGGAUUGAAACUACGUAUGAAUAACUUAUUUGACGGCAUUGAGUCGUUGGAGGAGAGUACCAACGCCUAUUUGAAUGCAAAUUGGCGACCAGUAUCCGAAUCUUUGCGACCAAUAUUAUCAAAAACCAUAGAGGAUAUUUUACUUGGUUUUAUGCAAAGAUUAUUCCACAAUUUACCAGGUGACUUCAUGAUCGGAGAUGUAAAAACUUGGCAAAAUAAGAAAAUUGAGAAAAAGGUUUAGUUUUUAAAAUAGUUCUAUUAUAACUACAAAAUAAUUAUUUAAAAAAACUACUUAAUUUGUUAUUAUUAAGUUAAUCUUUUUAAAAAUGUUUUACUAUAAGUACUUAGAUAAAUCUUUAAGUCUUAAUGUGAAAGAAGGAUGCACGAGAAUUUUUAUGCCUGUGUAUAAUCGAUGAGAUUAAGAAAAAAUCAAAGUAUUUUAAAUAAGUAUUAUUGUAUGUAAAGAAAAUCUAUAGAAUUUUGAAACUGAAAGUAUGUGAAUUGGUUGAAAUGUAUAUAAAAUCGGAAUGUUUGGUUAUUUUGACUGAAAAAUCGGUUGUGUUGUGUAAAUAAUGAAACAAUUUAAACUGAAAA